GCCCGCAAGGCUGCCCCCGGGCCUCGGAGCACGCGUCCUUCCAAACGUGUCGUCUGCUCCGCAGCUGGCCCAGGGCCACGUUUGCUUCGUGACGGAAUACUGAGGGGCGCGCAGCCUCAUCCACCGCCUGCCUGCCUGCCUGAUCAAACACGGGGCUCCGUCGUGGCCUGGCUUUUAGGACGGCCCGGGGCUGCUUUUCCAGCUCGGGCGAGGAAGCGGCCUCGGCCGUGACGGGCGGAAGGAUCUCCGCGUGCGCAUGGCGGCGGGCGCGCGGCGGCGGCAGCUCCCGGCCUGGAUGGGCGCGGCGGGGGCCGAGCGGGCGGCGGCGGCCCCGUCCCCCGGGGCCGGGCGGCGGCGGGCGGCGGCGAGGCGCAGGCCGGCGGCGCUGCACUGCAUGAACGAGGCGGAGCUGGUGGAAGUGGCCCUGGCCGUCCUGGCCGAGAAUCUACAGUGCGAGGAAGGUGAAGAGAAGGCCCGGUCCGGGAGCGAAGAGGAGCAGGAGCUCCCGCCAACACCAAACGAGGUUUCUGGAAGCACAGCCAACACGGAUGGAGGCAGUAACCACGGUCCUGCACUUCCAUCCCCUGCUGGUGCUGACGAAGAGAGAACAGGCAGGGAGGACUCUGAGGACGAUGUCUUGAAAUACGUCAGGGAGAUAUUUUUCAGCUAACAUCACCUCUCUGACUUCCCAGGAGAAGAGGGCACUAUGGGGAGGGUGUCUCCUGCGACCCUGAGAACGGUGGGAGGAGGACCUGGAGGGGGCUGUGCAUCCAUCUGCUGUGUUGGUGCCCUGUGGAUGGUAGGAUACCCAUGAAGGAAGGCCAGAAGGGGGAAGGAAGGAGGUAUUCAGUUCUCCCACUCUGUGCUGGGCUCAGUGGGAUUUGGUUCCAGAUUAGGAUGUGUUCAUUUCUGUUUCACAUUUCAGAGCAUGGACUGAUUAAAGAGGACAUUCGGGUUUC